AUGGCCCAUGUUUGUGAAAGCAUACUCAGGCCAACUAGACAACAAACAUGUAUACUUCACGAAAAAAAAAAACAGGAUUCUGCAAGGAAAGAUAUUGAACGUACCUUCGGAGUUUUGAAGAAAAGAUGGGGUAUAAUUGCUCAACCUACUAGCAUAUGGGAUAAAGAUAAGUUCAAGAAUGUUAUGUACGCUUACAUUAUUCUGCAUAACAUGAUUUUAGAAGAUUCGGGCAAGACAAUUUGGCAAUAUUAUGAUCCGGACGACAUGGAGCUACCGGAGUCCACUUUGUACCCAGAACAACGAUUAGCUAUCUUUAUGAAGCUACGCCGCCGCGAAACACAUGACCCUCUACAUGCGGAUCUAACUAGCCAUUUAUGGGUUAAUCGUUUGAAGGAAGACAAUGAAGACGAGGACACUGAGUAA